UAGAGAACAAAAAAUACAUUAAAAAUUAAAAAUAAUAAUGUCCGAAACGAAACUAACCCGAGAUUCAUACAUAUAAACAGCGAAGGAGUCGUUACCAUUUUACCAAGACACAACACUCUCUGUGCAAACAGCUAGCAAAGAAACAAUAAAAACACAGACACAAAAAUCUGAAUUUGGAAAAGUGUUGGUGCAUCGGACAAGUUUCUGAGUUGAAUCAGCUCCGCCCGUGAAGCCAAAAAGAUCUCUGACCACUUUGAGUGGGAUUGAAGCCUACGCUCCACACAAAAAAAAAAACUCACCUUUUUCUUCCAUCACCAUCAAAACUCUCACUUUCACUCCGCAUCCAAAGGUCCUGAUUUAUUGCCCACUUCCUCUAAUUUGCCUCCAAUUCCACACACAGAGAAGAGUGAAAACAUCGCGAAUGGGGACUCUCUGCUUCCCUCUAUUUGCGACCAUGGCAAUUUGGGGGCUAUUGUUAGGAGCAGAAUCAAAAACACAUGUCGGAGAUGCAGAGGUUCUGAAGGAGCUGAAGCAAGGUUUGGAGCCUGGUUCGGUGAAGCCAGGCUCGUGCGUGAGCUCCUGGGACUUCACCUUGGACCCAUGCGACAACCUUUUCGGCGACAAGUUCACGUGUGGCUUCAGAUGCGACGUCGUCGUUUCGGGGCUGAGUCGAGUCACGGAACUCGCCUUAGACCAAGCUGGUUACUCUGGCUCCCUCUCCUUCACUUGGAACCUUCCUUAUCUACAAACUCUCGAUCUCUCCAACAACUACUUCUCCGGUCAAAUUCCAUAUUCCUUCUCAAAUCUCACUCGUCUGAGCCGACUCAGUCUCUCGUCCAACUCGUUCUCCGGCGAGAUACCCUCUUCUCUCGGCACACUCUCCAACCUCCAAGAGCUUUACCUCGACAACAACAACCUGCGAGGAACAAUCCCACAAAGUUUCGACAACCUGGCCAACCUUAAAAGACUCGAACUCCAGUCAAACAAACUCAACACCCGCCUUCCAAACCUGGGGUCCCUAAGAAACCUUAAAUUUCUCUACCUAAGCGACAACUCCGUCACUGGAACAUUGCCGGCUUCUCUCCCUGUUUCCUUGGUUCAGAUUUCACUCAGGAACAACAACUUAAGCGGCGUCUUAGUUGGUGAAAGUUUCAAGAGCUUGACGAGGUUGCAGGUGGUGGAUUUCAGCUCCAACCAAUUGAGUGGUGCUGUUCCCUCUGUUUUCUUCCAGCUUCCGUCGUUGCAGCAGUUGACACUGUCCUUCAACGAAUUCACGAAUCUCGAAGCGCCUUAUAAGGGAACGGAAUCUCAGAGCGGGCUUGUAGCGGUUGAUCUGAGCAACAACAGGCUUAAGGGGUUUUUGCCGUCGUUCAUGGCGGUGAUGCCGAAGCUUUCGUCGUUAUCGUUGGAGAACAACGAGUUCACGGGGAGAAUACCGACCCAGUUUGGGGUGAAAACGGUGUUUCCCGAAAAGGGGGUGUCUUCGUUCGGGAGGCUUCUGUUAGGUGGGAAUUACUUGCUGGGAGGGAUACCUCGACCCUUGUUAGCGCUGAAACGCGAUUCUGCGAACGUGAGUUUGGUUGAUAACUGCUUAUACAGGUGCCCUCAUAGUUUCUUUUUCUGCCAGGGUGGCCAACAGAAGUCCUUGGCACAGUGUAAUAGAUUUAGCCCUGCCUCCACUCCUUAACCUCUUUAACUUUCACUUCUAGAUUCUCUCUGUUUCAACUCGUGUAUUGUAUAGUUCUUUUCUUUGUUGAUUUAUGGUGAGAGAUCUUGUCUUAAAUGCAACACAAUCAUCACAAGGUUUGCCUCAACGCUAAGAUGAUCCACUGCCAGAUUUUGUCCCUCCUAGACGUUGGAUUUGGAUCCACCUGUUUGGGUUUAAUAUAAUUUAUAUUAUUCUCAACAAAAAAUAACAUUCCAUUUUUUUAGGUUAAA